CCUCACAGCCGACAUCGAAUCUUUUAUUCGAUGUUGUGCAAGGGAGAUAAAUACUGUAAAUUUCCGCCAUUGCACCGAUUUUACUUAUUUCACAUUUUGUUGAAAGAAAACAGGAAACAUACACAAGACUCCAUGGCAGGAGGUCUACCGAGACGUAUUAUAAAAGAGACCCAGCGUCUAAUGCAGGAGCCUGUACCAGGUAUAAAUGCCAUACCUGAUGAGCAAAAUGCCAGAUAUUUCCAUGUCGUGGUAGCUGGGCCAGAGGGGUCCCCGUAUGAGAAUGGAGUAUUCAAGCUAGAACUGUUUCUACCAGAGGAGUAUCCAAUGUCGGCACCUAAAGUUAGAUUUAUGACUAAAAUUUAUCAUCCUAACAUAGAUAAAGUUGGUAGGAUAUGCCUGGAUAUUUUGAAAGAUAAGUGGAGUCCAGCACUACAAAUAAGGACAGUGUUAUUAUCAAUACAGGCAUUACUUAGUGCUCCAAAUCCAGAUGACCCAUUAGCCAAUGACGUAGCUGAGCAGUGGAAAACCAACGAGGCUAAGGCAAUAGAUACAGCUCGACAGUGGACAAGGAUGUAUGCAGACAGCAACUGACAGUAGCUGAGAGAUGUCUCCAUGUGAUUAUAGUCGUUCAUUCAAUCUCAUUAGUGCUCAUCAUCGACUUUCCUGAUUGUCUGUUAUCAGGCUGCAGUUGGACUAUUUAAUGUAUUCUGUCUUUGCCCAAGUAAUUUGUACAGUCAUUUAGGUGAUCUGUGUAAUAAGUGUUUUAUUUUAAUGUCUCUUAGUGUAGUUUUCUUUAUUCCACAAUCAUAACGAGGGAAUACCUCAGUAUAUAUCUAUAUGCGUUAUGGCAGAUUCUAUUUUGACUACUAGAUUUCAGUUUUACAUCAAUGAUGAACUCCUUGACAUAAAGAAGAAAACUUAUUCAAGUGAAACUUUAUUUGAUAAUCGAUCGAUCGAAUGUCUUUUUACAUGUAAAAUGAUUUAUUUCACUACAUAGAGAAUAUAUAUAUAAUAUCCUCUUAAAUCUAUUUGAUGUAUACAUCAGAACAAAAAUCUUGUACUAUGUUAAGGUUAUAACCACUGCCAAUGCAUAUUUAAAUUAUGUUGAUCAGAACCUUCUUCUAAAACUGAUCAUUUGGGAUAAACAAUCACAUACCUGAUUUUCAUAAAUGUCCUAGCUGGUAUAAGAGCCGUAUAAGUAAUUAAAAAAAUCCUCAUUAAAUUUGUUGGAUUUAUAGUCUUCAUACAUUUUUGUUUGGCUUGUUUAGUAAUUAUCAAUUAUUUGCUUGUGUUACAUAACACUUAUUUGAUUCAAUUUUUUAAAAUACUUCAGCACAAAAACCAAAUAAGUGAAAAUAUUAAAAGUUAGAGUUGUUUCUGAAAUAUUAUAGACGUGGUCUGGUAAUUCCUGGCUUAAUGUGUGUAAUGUGAUGUCCCAGAUAAGCCUGUGCAGUCUGGUACUACACUUUCUGCUUUUAUUGACAUUUUGGUUUAAAGCAAUUCUUCUAAACCCAAAUCCAGUGUAGGCCAAACGUGUCGCCCCUGAUUACUCUGUGCAGACUGCACAGGCUAAUCUGGGAUGAUGCUUUACGUACAUAGACUGCACAGGCUAAUCUGGGAUGACGCUUUACGUUCAUAGACUGCACAGGCUAAUCUGGGAUGACGCUUUACGUUCAUAGACUGCACAGGCUAAUCUGGGAUGAGGCUUUACGUUCAUAGACUGCACAGGCUAAUCUGGGAUGACGCUUUACGUACAUAGACUGCACAGGCUAAUCUGGGAUGACGCUUUACGUUCAUAGACUGCACAGGCUAAUCUGGGAUGACUCUUUACGUUCAUAGACUGCACAGGCUAAUCUGGGAUGACGCUUUACGUUCUUAGACUGCACAGGCUAAUCUGGGAUGACGCUUUACGUUCAUAGACUGCACAGGCUAAUCUGGGAUGAUGCUUUACGUACAUAGACUGCACAGGCUUAUCUGGGAUGACGCUUUACACACAUUCAUGAAGCCCAGUUUUCUUAGAAUGCGGCUCACAUAAAAACUUCAUUAUAGCACUUCCCAUACAAGUCAAACUUCUGCUAAUGUCUCUGGUGAGUAAUACUAGCCUGUUAAAAGUCGGCACUGGCUAUAACUUGUUUAACUGUUGACUGUAAGUGUGAUGUAUGAAAUUUAUCAAGGCUUUUUUCUUUGACUGCUUGAAGUGUCUAAUAGACAUUAUUAAGAGUUUAAGUUGUGAAAUUUUGUUGGUGUUUCUCUUUGUACGCAUUUGUAUCUAUUUAAUGUUUUGUUUGCCAAGCAUUUCUGUAGCAAGUACUAGACAGAUGGAGUCAUCUUAAGUUGCGUAAUAAACUUUGUUUGAGACAUGUACAGACAAUUUUUAUUUAUGACAAUAAUAGUAUUUUUUAAAUGUUUAUUUGACUUUUUAUGUCAUGAUUACUGUAUCUUUGUUAUGAAAGUUGGAUUGGUGUGUAAGACGGUGUUAAGUUAAAGAAUUGCCAAAAUAGAAACAUUCUUUGCAAGCUGUUGAUAGUAAACACUUGCUAUGCUCAUUUCUAUCAAUUCAGUUUUUCGACUGUAUUAAAUCACAAUUAAAUUGUUCCGAAGAUUUAUUUUAAAGAUAUUGUUUAAACUUAGCUUGAUUCAUAAUGAUACAUAGUUUUCUGUCCUAUCAAGCUUUUUGCUAUCAGUUUGUCAGUAAAGGAGCUUGUAAAUCGAUGGUUACAUUCUGCAUAGAGCCUAAUCAACAUCGCUUUUGAAGCAUAUAAGUCAUGUUUUGGGAAAACUGGGCUUAAUGCACACAUGUCUCCACGGGCUAAUCAGGGUCAACACUGUCCACCUACACUUGUUUGUUUUUUAACUUAAGAGGGACCUCCUUUUUAAAUGAAAAAUUUAAUAAAAGCGGAAAGUGUCGUUGCUGUUAGUCUGUGCUGACAUAAGACUGCACAGGCUAACCUGGGAUGACACUUAAGCACAUGCAUUAAGCCCAGUUUUCUCAGGACAAGGCUCGUAUAGUCAAGUGUUUGUGUUUUACCUUCAAUAAUUUGUGUUAUAGCUGUUCACAGACACCACACAGCUGGAUUGCAGUGUUCUAAAGUCGAGAGUUUUGUGUACCUCUGUACUUAGUGUUUCUGUCGAUAUUUAAACGUAAGCACUUGGGUUGCAAGUUAUAUGAAUGGUAUUAAUACAACAAAAAAAUCA